AUGGAGCAAAUGCCCCCUCAAUCUGUCUUAAGGAUGACUCUUAGCGUUCGCCAUUACAUCGAUGAUGUCUCGUUGUUACACGAUGGCACAACAGUAAUCAUGUUCUACAUGCAAGUUCGUCAACUUAUCUCCCAAGGUCGACUUGAGUGCACCUACGAUACACUGUGUCGCUUGGCGGCUCUAGUCUUACAGGCUUCGAGAGGAAAUUUUACGAGCGAGGAGAUUGCAAUUGAGCAAUUAAAACGCACACAAUUUCUACCAGCAAUUAUAUAUAAAACUGAUCCAGCCUUAUCAUCAUUAUUUAUGUCGAUUGUGCAGGAUAUCCCAACGUACGGAUUGCAUUUCUUUAAAAUGCAGAAUGAAGCUGGGCGACAAAUUUAUGUGGGGGUUAGUCUUCAAGGAAUCGGACAGUUCUGUUAUGAAGACAAAGAAAUAUGUCAGGAGUUUUACGCGUGGAAGCAGCUAGAGAAUCUAUACUUUAAAGACCGAAAGUUUACUAUUGAAGUCAAAGUCGCAAGGCAAAAUUCGGAUAAAAACAUGCUCGAAAGGAGAGAAUUCAACUGUUAUAUCAUUACUCAAGUCUGGUAUGGCUAUUCUGCAUCUAAUACGCGAAGACUUUGGCUAGAAGCUAUAAAUCAACAUCAGUUCUAUCUAUCUAGGAGUAAAACGAAAGUUCCUCUAACUAAGAAUCCGAAAGAUAUGAUCGAAGAGAUAACGCAUACUCAUUGCAAUUUAUCACAAGGAUCGUUAACUUCGCUUGACAUAGACCAGGACGAUAAUACAAGAAGUAGCUUUACUAAAUCCAACACCUGUCCUAAUCCUGCUAUUAGUUUAGCGUUGGAUGGUGUUACAAAAACUUCUGCGAGUAGGAAAGAAGCGCUAGUUGCAAAGUUACAAAAUAAAAUUGACCAGUUGCGACAAUUAUGUUUGAAAGAGAAGGAAAUCACUGGUGUUUUACCGGAAGGAUCUCCAUACAGUUUUGAAUGUCUAGAACCUCUCAAAAACAAUGAUCUUGAGAGCAGCCUUUCACUUCGUCAAUUGGAGGUAACAAAUCGAAAAAAAUUGAGAACUACCAGUGGAAAUAAUAAUAUUUGGAAUCAGGCUUGUGACGCAUUCCAUAGAAAGAGUGUAGAUAAGCUUAUAUCACUUGAAGAAAGUCUUCGUGAAUUUGAAAAAUUGAACAUUAAUGGUGCAAUGACUUAUCGCCAUGAGGAUUCUAAUAUUGAAGGCGGUAUCUUUCGGGAGCAACAAGUAGACACCUCUUACUGUAACAAUGGAAUUAAUGGAAUUAAUGAACAUUACGGUAUCAGCAAUCAUGGUCGUGGUGGUAGUGACCUUGCUCUAGCAGAUGUUCGAUCUGCUCCUGUUGCACCAAAGCGAUUUUCUUCUUUAAGUCAUACAAUUAAAAGACAAGAGACUGAAGGCAGGUCAAGAAAUAAAUCUUUACCUAAUAUCUUUGGUCAGAUAAGCGAAGAAACUUCACUACUCCCUGAAGCUCCAUAUCGAUCUCCUUCUGUAGCAUACUUGAACCGAAAAGGAUUUGAGCUUGAUAACGGUAAUCAUUCACGCAGUCAUUUGUCAGGAUCUAUUGGUGACUUGCUUGGAAGGCAGCGGGAACACGAUAACUAUCCUAGCAAUGAAUUUUCGGAACGUUUAGUAUUUUCUAACACUAGUUCAGUACCAAGCCAACAAGACAGUUACGAUGAGAGCAAUAUUAGCGAAAGUGGGCGUUCGCCAGGCAGAGAUCAUCUGAGUGUUAACAAUUAUGGACCAAGACUACCAGAUUUUAGAAAAUUGCAUGGAACUCAUGCGUCACUAGUAUGA